AUGUGCAGGGGUGGCCACAGAGCCGUGGUGGCCACGGUCCCCCCGGAGCUCGGAGCCGCGGAGGACAGUUGCUGCUACGUCCGCAGGGUGGUGAACGUCUCCUUCGGGCUCCUCAUCGCCUACCUCAGCGUCCCCGUCGUCGUCAACCUGCUGAGCUCCAGACAAGUCAUGAACACCUCCUUCAACCCUCUCCGGAUCGUGAACACCUACGGGGCUUUCGGAAGCAUCACCAAGGAGAGGACGGAGAUCAUCAUCCAGGGGACAUCCAGCGAGGAUCCCCACGAUCCCGCGGCCGUCUGGGAGGAGUACGACUUCAAAUGCAAGCCCGGCGACGUGAGGAGGAGGCCCUGCUUCAUCAGCCCCUACCACUACCGCCUCGACUGGCUCAUGUGGUUUGCUGCUUUCCAGACCUACGAGCAGAACGAGUGGAUCGUCCACCUGGCUGGGAAGCUGCUGGCGCAGGAGGAGUCCGCGCUGUCCCUGAUGGCAACGAACCCCUUCGCCGGCAGAGCGGCUCCCCGGUGGAUCCGCGCGGAGCACUUCAAGUACAAGUUCAGCCGGCCCGGGGGCAAGCACGCCGGCGAGGGCAAGUGGUGGAUCCGCAGGGGGUUCGGGCCCUACCUGCCCCCCGUGAGCCUCGAGGGCCUGCGCAAGUUCUACGAGGAGCGGCGCUGGCCUCACCCCGCGCGGGGCUGA